UGGCUGCUCCAGCUGACAUUCUGCAUGAUGGCGACUGAGGUUCGGAGCGGCGACCUCAAUAGCGGUAAUUCAAGCCGACUCGAAGUGUCCAUAGACGGCCUCACCCUAAGCCCAGAUCCCGAGGGUGACCAGGAACAUGUCAAGCCACUGGACUCCUCGCUGGAAGGACGGACAAACGGAAACCAUGGAGCCGGCGAUGGCGAGGAUGGGGAGGAGGAGGAGGAGGAGGAAGAGGGUGAAAAUGCUAGAAGCUCCAUCGAGAGGAAAUGGGGCUUCUCUUUAGACGAGCUGUAUGGACUGGCGCUGACAUUUUUCAAAGAGAAGGACGGGAAGGCGUUCCACCCGACGUACGAGGAGAAGCUGCGCUUGGUGGCGCUGCACAGGCAGGUGCUGCAGGGCCCCUACAACCCCGACGCCUCGCCUGAGGUGGGCUUCUUCGAUGUGCUGGGGAACGACCGCAGGAGAGAGUGGGCGUUGCUAGGCAACAUGGAGAAGGAGGAGGCCAUGCUGGAGUUUGUGAAGCUGCUGAACAAGUGCUGCCACCUCUUCGCCCCCUUCGUCACCUCCCACCGCAUCGAGAGGGAGGAGCAGGAGCGCAAGAGGCGGGAGGAGGAGGAGCGAGUGCGGCGGGAGGAGGAAGAGAGGGAGCGCGCUCGUGAGGAGGAGGAGAGGAGGAGGCGAGAGGAGGAGGAGUGCCUGCAGCGGGAGGAGGAGGAGAGGAGGCAGGCUGAGGACGAGCGACUACGCGUGGAGCAGCAGAAGCAGCAGAUCAUGGCGGCGCUGAAUGCCCAGACUGCAGUGCAGUUCCAGCAGUACGCAGCGCAGCAAUACCCCGACAGCCCCGAGCAGCAGCUGGUCCUGAUCCGACAGCUGCAGGAGCAGCACUACCAGCAGUACAUGCAGCAGCUGUACCAGGUGCAGCUGGCCCAGCAGCAGGCGGCGCUGCAGAAGCAGCAGCAGCAGCUGCAGGAGGAGGCGGUGGUGGCGUCGGUGCUGGAGACCAGCGAGACGUCGGUGUGCUCGUCCUCAUCGGCGCCCCCUGGGGGAGAGGAGGCCCCCACGCUCAACGGCCGGCCAGACUCGCCCUGCCACAGCCUGGACAAGGAGCCCGACCUGGAGCCCGCCGAGGAGAUCACCGAGAACGGACCCACAGCGGACUCUCCCGCGGUCAUCGCUGCCCCCUCCAUGUGGACGCGUCCGCAGAUCAAGGACUUCAAGGAGAAGAUCCGUCAGGACGUGGACUCGGUGAUCACGGUGGGGCGGGGGGAGGUGGUGACGGUGCGCGUGCCCACGCACGAGGAGGGCUCCUACCUCUUCUGGGAGUUCGCCACCGACCACUACGACGUCGGCUUCGGCCUCUUCUUCGAGUGGAGCGACACCGCCAACGCCUCCGUCAGCGUGCACGUCAGCGAGUCCAGCGAUGAGGACGACGACGAUGACGGCGAGCCCCAGAGCGAGGAGGAGAAGGCGCGUAAGGAGGCGGGGAGGCCGCAGGUGGACGAGAUCGUGCCGGUGUACCGGCGGGACUGCCACGAGGAGGUGUACGCCGGCAGCCACCAGUACCCCGGCCGUGGCAUCUACCUGCUCAAGUUCGACAACUCCUACUCCCUCUGGAGGGCUAAGAGCGUCUACUACAGAGUCUACUACACCAGAUAAAGUGUGUGUGUGUGUGUGUGUGUGUGUGUGUGUGUGUGUGUGUGUAGAGAGGGGUGUGAUCAACUCCUACUCCCUCUGGCGGGCAAAGAGCGUCUACUACAGAGUCUACUACACCAGAUAAAGCCCCACCCAGGGGCCUGUGUGUGUGUGUGUGUGUGUGUGUGUGUGUGUGUGUGUGUGUGUGUAGAGAGGGGUGUGUGUGUGUGUGUGGGGAGUGUGACCAGAAGAGCGUCUACUACACCAGAUAACCACCCCCACACACACGGGACAGACUAUGGGGCAGGAGCUGGGGUGUAUGUGUGUGUGUGUGUGUGUGUGUGUCUGUUAGUGUGUGUGUAGAGAGGAGUGUGGUCAGAAGUGAUAUGUCUGACUGCACCACCAGGGGGAGAUAAAGAGAACCUCCAUGGCCUGGAACAAGAGGAAGAUGUGUGUGUGUUUGAGUUCAUCUCUGUCCAAGUGUGUGUGUGUGUGUGUGUGUGUGUGUGUCACCUCUUUGUUUGCACUCUGGAGGAAAAGCAGUGCUCUAGAAUCCUCUUGGCUCAUAGAAAUGACUGACCCCACCCCCUCCUCCUCAUUGACCAAUAGGAGAAGAGCGAUGAACAGGAGCUGGUGACAUCACUGGAGAGCGCCGGGGGUGUGUGUGUGUGUGUGUGUGUGUGUGUGUGUUUGAGGAGAGAGCAAUGCAUCCUCACGUCUCAAAGUGCUGAGAGAGAAGAUAGAAGCGGACGAAUAGAAACACUCUGAACACUAACUUGCCUUUCUCCAACAACACCUCCUGUGGCCACGCCCUCUCCCCCAAACAGCCUAUGAGAACCAGACACGGGGGUGAUUGACUGUUGCACUGUCCAAUGAGGGGUGAGCGAAGAGGACUGGAGCAGGAUGAGGAAGCUGAAGAGUGUGUGUGUGUGCGUGUGUGCGUAUGUGUGUGUGUGUGUGCGCGUGUGUGUGCGUGUGUGUGUGUAAGCUUGAUCCUGAGGGUGUCCCUUGGAAAGCGACGUGGUUUAGUGCUGCUGUGGCUUACGAGAGAUGAAUAUGAUAUAUGUGCAGAAAAGAUUUUUUACAAGCAAAUAUUUAUGAGUGUCUCGUAGGCUGUGGCCAUAUCUCUGUGUGUGUGUGUGUGUGUGUGUGUGUGUGUGUGAGAGAGAAUUCCAUGCCGUUCAGUGUGUCAUCUCUAAGACAGAAGUAGUGCUUGAUUUCUGUUAGUUUCUCUUCAUUUGUUUGUUUGUGGCUGUUGAUCUUGUAGCUGAUGCUACAUCCACUGUACUCUCCUGAAGAUGGCUGGGUGUGUGUGUGUGUGUGUGUGUGUGUUGAAGGCUGGGGUGUGUGUCGCCUGUGCAAAGCUACUGCAAGAUGUAUUAGUUUCCCAGCAUUUCUAACUCCCAACACCACACAGCCUGGUCUACCCCCCCCCCCCCUCUCUCUCUCUCCUUCCCUCUUUCCCCUCUCCCUUUCUCUCCCCCCUUCUCUCUCUCUCUCCUUCCCUCUUUCCCACCUCCCUUUCUCUCCCUCCCUCCGUUACUGAUUCCCAUCCCUCUAUACUGCAUGUUGGGAGUGAUAAAAGCCUGUGUGUGUGUGUGUGUGUUUCAGUAUGAAGCCUAGAAUCCAUGUUGCUGUCCAUCACACACUCACGUGUCCAUUAAAAGUGUGUUUAUUUAUUUGUGUGGGGCGAUGUGUGUGUGUGUGUGGUCGCCAUAGUUACUGAGAAACAGUGGUGCUCCCCGACUGGUUCCUGAUAUUUCACAUUCAGCUCAGUACUUUCCCUGAAUCACCUGUUACUGAGGACACACACACACACACACACACACACACACACACACACACACACACACACACACACCCUGCCCUCCCCUCCUCAAACACACGGCAGCAGUCACACUAAGGUCAAAGGUCAAGCACCUGAUGACACCGCUUCCCUCCGAGAAAGACCGCUUAUUUGGGGCGUGUGUGUGUGCUUGUGUGUGUGCGUGUGUGUGUUUGUCCGUGUCCACUGUCUUGGCUUGGGCUUAUGAUAGCCACUUUCACCCCCCCCCCCCCACCAUCCUGCAGCUUUCUGUAUAUAAGAGACUUUUGAAACAUGGGUAUUGAAUUAGAGCAGGGGCAGUUGCAAAGACUAAAUGAACCAGGAGAUGGUGUGUGUGUGUGUGUGUAUGUAUGUAUGUUUAUGUGUGUGUAUAUAUAUAUAUACACAUGUAUGUAUGUAUGUAUGUAUGUAUGUAUGUAUAUAUCUCUAUAUAAAUAUAGGUACAUACAUAUAUAGAUACAUAUAUAGAAGUGUGUUGAUGGAAACAACAGAAAGCCCCGAUGAUGACACAGGAGCAGAGGCCAUGAUUGGGGGAGGGGUUAACAGAACAUAUGUUAAGUAGGGGGAGGAGUUAACAGGAACAUAUGUUAAGUAGGGGGAGGGGUUAACAGGAACAUAUGUUAAGUUGUACACAACAGUACCAGUCCGGUUUAUGGUGUUCAUUUGCAGACCUGGACAUGAAGAGUUUUUUUUUUAUUAUUAUAUUUGAUUCAUUUCACUUGUAUUGUAUGACUAUGAGGAUGACUUUCUCUCUCUCUCUCUCUCUCUCUCUCUCUCUCUCUCUCUCUAUUUGUCUCUCUCACUCUAUGUCUGUGUGAACAUAUUUAAUCUCGAUUAAACUUAUGUUCAUAUGUAAUUUUUGCUUGACUAAUGUUCUGAUUUACCAAAAUCUUCCUUAAGUUGCAAUUGCUCAAAAAAUGAAUAAAUAAAAAUCCAAACCAACAA